UUACCUAUGGCAAAUGUGGCCAUGAUUGACUAUACCUUGGAGUUCCUAACAGCAACAGGAGUGGAAGAAACCUUUGUUUUCUGCUGUUGGAAGUCAGCUGAGAUAAAAGAGCAUUUGCAAAAGUCCAAAUGGUGCCGCCACACGUCUCCCAACACGGUGCGCUUCGUCACAUCCGACCUGUACCGCUCGCUGGGUGAUGUGCUCCGAGACGUGGAUGCCAAGUCCCUCGUGCGCUCCGACUUCAUUCUCGUCACUGGAGAUGUGGUGUCCAACUUCAAUAUAUCCAAAGCCCUGGAAGAGCACAAGCUGCGCCGCAAGAUGGAAAAGAAUGUUUCUGUGAUGACGAUGAUAUUCAAGGAGUCCUCACCUGGCCACCAUGCCAGGUGCAAAGAGGAUGACAUUGUUAUUGCUAUGGACAGUGCCACAAACCGUGUCCUUCACUACCAGAGGACCCAGGGGUUGAAACGAUUUCGCUUUCCUAUGAGUCUGUUCCAGAACUCUAUUGAGAAUGUUGAGGUGCGCCAUGACUUGCUAGAUUGUCAUAUCAGCAUCUGCUCUCCACAGGUGGCUGAACUGUUCACAGACAACUUCGACUACCAGACACGAGAUGACUUUGUGCGUGGUCUGUUGGUGAACGAGGAGGUCCUGGGGAACCAGAUCCAUAUGCAUGUAACGACAGAAGAGUAUGGUGCUCACAUAUGCAACCUGCUGAUGUACGAAGCUGUGUGCUCCGACAUCAUCCGGCGCUGGGUUUACCCUCUGACUCCAGAGAUGAACUUCACUGAUGACAAGAAUCAGAGUUACACCCAUUCUAAACACAACAUUUACCGAGGGGUGGAUGUUAGCCUUGGCCACGGCAGUGUGCUGGAAGAGAACGUACUCAUCGGGCAGGGAACGGUCAUUGGCAGCGACUGCAGCAUCGUAAACAGCAUCAUUGGGCAGAACUGCAGGAUAGGUGAUAAAGUCACUUUGGAUGGAGCUUUUCUGUGGGACAGAGUACACAUAGCAGAUAAUGUGGAGAUCCGACAUUCUGUUAUCUGUGAUGAAGCCGAAGUGAAGGAGAAAGUAAAGCUAAAGCCCCACUGUGUCCUCUCUUCUCAGGUAGUAGUAGGUCCUGGCAUCACUCUCUCUGAGGGCACAGUGAUCUCUCUGCACCCCCCAGAUGAAGAGGAAGAGGACGAUGACCAGUUCAGUGAUGAUUCUGGUGUGAACAAGGAGGAGAGCAAAGUGAAACUGAAAGGUUACAAUAAAAAGGAUGUAGGCUCAGAGGGCAGAGGCUAUCUCUGGAAAGCAGAUGACAAGAAUGAAGAGGAUGAAGAAGAGCAGAGACAAAGCCUAUGGGGCCCAGUUAUGCAUUCAGAGGAAGAGAGCGAGUCAGACAGUGACCUGAGCAUGGGCUCUGAGGAGCCAGACAGUCGGGCAGCAUCCCCUCAGCUGGAUGACAUCAAAGUUUUCCAGAAUGAGGUUCUGGGUACAUUACAGAGGGGUGAAGAAGAAAACAUUUCCUGUGACAACCUGGUCCUGGAAAUCAACUCCCUCAAGUAUGCAUAUAACAUUGGCCUGAAGGAGAUGAUGCAGGUGCUCAGUAAAGUGAUCCUGGAGUUCCCACUACAGCAGCUGGACGCAAACCUGGACUCCCAGAACUAUUUCUCAGCAUUGCUUCCUCUGUUGAAGAACUGGACCCCAUUGUUUAAGAACUACAUAAAACGGGCAUCAGAUCACUUGAAUGCCUUAUGUGCCAUUGAGGAAUUCUUCCUGGAACAUGACAGUCUCUGCACGUCGAUAGCUAAAGUGUUGAUGACAUUUUACCAGCUGGAAAUUCUGGAAGAAGAUGUAAUCCUUAAUUGGUUCUCUUUGCGGGACACAUCUGACAAGGGAAAGCAGCUCCGUAAAAACCAGCGGCUUCAGAAGUUUAUCCAGUGGCUGGAGGAGGCAGAGGAAGAGUCGUCUGACGGCGACCAAGACUGAUGUGGUGACUUGGCAUGAGAAGAGGCUCUCACUGCCUUUCUGGGCCGAGUGGGCAGGGCAAGAUCAAUGCCAGUGCAUGGUGUGUAGAUGUGGGGCCUGACAUCGAAGUGACUGACAAUCCCAUCCUUGAUUCAGUUGUGUGUUUCCAACUUUGCCACUUCCCUCCCUCCCUCACUUGCACCUUAUGUCAGAUGGUUGCAACCCCAUGUAAAAACCAUAAGGGAAAAGCAGGAGGUGGUGAUACCUAAAAUCCCUCUGGAGCCUGGAUAUGAUACACUAUAAGCUAUCUUUUGGGAGGUCCUUUUUACUAAUACAAAGGGAGCAAAUAGAUGCAAAUGCAUAUCACGCUGUUGUAGAUCUAACCAUCAGGGUUGUGGAAGAAUGGUCAUACAGCUAAGGUAUUUGGAGUCGUUGCUUCUGGAGCUAAGAGAAC